GAUCCGCAGUAUGCUGAGGGCCCCCCCUCACCUGGAAACAUGUACGUGAGUUACCUGCAGCUGGACAAGGACCCCGCCAUGUACCCGCACCAGACCCCGGUGAGCCGACACCCAGGCCUCAGCCUCAGCCCGCAGAACUUCGCGGUGCCCGCCCCGCCGCAGUACACGGACUUCCCCGGCUACCACCACCACCAUCACCACCACCACGGCCUCAACAACGACCCGGUGGCCCAGCAGUCGGGCCCGGGCGCCGGCGGCUGGAGCACGGCUUACCCGCCUCCUCCUCCGCCGCCCUCACGGGACGAGUGGUCCGCGCACUACGGCCACCCCGCCGCCGCAGCUGCAGCAGCGGCAGCCGCGGCCGCAGCAGCCGGGGGGCCUCCGCCGGCCUCCACGGUGCCCGGAGCGGUGGGACCCACCCUGGGCUUCAGCCCUCCGGAGUUCCCCGGGCAGCCUCCGGCGCUGCUGCCCUCCUCCCUGAACGCGUCUGGGGGUCAGCUGUCCCCCGGAUCUCCGCAGAGGAGGAACCCGUACGACUGGAUACGACGGUCCUCCGCACCGCCCCUCAACCCCAAUGGGAAAACGCGAACUAAAGACAAAUAUCGUGUAGUUUACACCGAUCAUCAGCGUCUAGAGCUGGAGAAGGAGUUUCACUACAGUAAAUACAUCACCAUCAGGAGGAAGGCGGAGCUUGCCACGGCACUCAGCCUAUCAGAGAGACAGGUGAAGAUCUGGUUUCAGAACCGUCGAGCCAAAGAGCGAAAGAUCAACAAGAAGAAGCAGCAGCAGCCGGCCUCGUCCACCACGACGCCCACGCCGCCCGGCACCAACACCACCGGAGGAGGAGGAGGAGGUGGAGGCGGUAUCCAUGGCAACGGUGGCAGCAGCGUGGCCAUGGUGACGAGUAGCAGCGGUAGCAACGGCCUGGUUUCUCCUUCGUCUCUGCCUUUAAACAUCAAAGAGGAGUACUGA